ACCCGCCAUGCCUUUUCUAAACGCGCACAGAAAUCCUCACCAGACUGAAGCUAAAAUCUAUUUUUAAAAGCCUUCACCACCAAGGAGCUGAGCUUUGGCCAUCGUUAACCUUAGUGAGUCCCCCAACCUUUUUGGAAGCGCAAUACUAAAUUGCUGAAGCACUGAUUUUAAACUGGUGUUUAUCCAUGCAUCAGUAACAAUAAUCAUAUGAUAUAUAUAUAUAUAAUGCGUUAAAAGGCAUUCUGUAUAAUAAGUUUACUUGCAACAUUACAUGUUGCUGCUAAUAUUCCUUGUUUCUAUAUGUUGGUACUUUUUGAUCUUAAUACAUCCUCCACUACUGCCGUCUUUUUCUUUUUUUUAAAGGUGUACAAUAAAUGUCCAGCAAAGAGUUUGUUGAUGUGACCCGGGCAAGGUCAGUGGCUACUGAAUGUUUACCCCUUACACCCAACUAUGUGGCCAGAGGAGUUUGGAGUGGGUGGGCCCUGCGAUGAUGUGCUCACAAAGUCCACACUGUCCAGACAGUCCUGUGCACACUUAGUCACACCCCUUCUCUCACCCCUCAGUUGCCUACCUCUCCCCCUGCUGCGCUCCCCUGUACUCUCCUGCUCCUCUCCCAGGGUCAGCUACUCUUUUGAAGUUCGAGGAGUUUUGGAGACACUUUUUGCUCUGUCUGACGUCUCAUCCCUCACAGCCAUCAUGGUUCAGAGCAGCAGCAUCUGUAGAGUACUCCUCCUGGUGCUCCUCGGUCUCUUGGUAGCCUUUGUACACACAGAGACAGUCGCUGACUCGACAACCAGAGACAACCAGGACACCAUGUCUGGAGAACCACCCAGUGACGUCACCACCAAAGACCCGUUCCCGGACUCGACAGAGCAGUCCUUCACUUUUGACUAUGAGGACACCACACAUUCUCUGGACAAGAAGGAGGGAGUGCUGGGGCCAGGGGCCAUCACAGCCAUUGUUAUAGCGGUCUUUCUAGGAGCGUCUGUCCUCCUCGCACUCAUCGUCAUCACACUGAGGAAGUUCAGCGCCUCCUAGAGUGAAUACAUCCCAUCUUGUAUGCGUGUGUGUGUGUGUGCGUGUUUGUGUGUGUGUGUUUGCAUGUCAACGUUUCUCUUUUGCCUCCCAUCUCAAUCUCUUAAACCCUUUCUUCCAAAAAAUGUGUUGUGUCUUUUGCUUCGCCGUAGAUGUUAAAAAUUGUGGCAGGUCCCUUGACUGACUAUUUCCAGAUUUCCUCCUGGAAGCACUCUCUAAUUGUUGCUCAACACGUCCACUUGUUACUGAAGGUAUAAUGUUAGAAACUGGCUGGCUCUUCCAGUGGAAAUCGUAGCAUGUCCAUGUCAUUCAGGUUGUUUUUUUUGAACUUGCAUGCUCGAAAUGGUUUUUAAUGUUUGUGGGCUGUUUUUUUCCUGACGUGAAGUACCCUGCAUGUGUUCGCUUUUAUAUUUCAAGAUGAAGAGUGUUUGCUUUUGCCUUUUGACUUACUGUUCUCAUUUAAUAAGAUACAGAUGAGGUUUUUAUUAGUCUCUCACCAUAAUUUUAACUCAUGUCUAAAAUUUUCCCUUGGUGUCACAUAUGUACAAUUUGUAUUGCACCAUUUACAAACAUUUGUAGAGUGAAAAUAAGGAGAAAACAUUUUAGAAAGGCUUAUUCAAUGAAUGUAACCACAGGGCAGUUGGGAUGUUUGUAUAGACCUGCAGAGCAAAUAGAAAGAUAGAGCGUGGAUGAAUUUGUGUUCACACUCAAGAGUUUGUAGUUUUUUUUGUUUUAUUUGCAGUGGGUUGGAAUUCAUUGUAGUAUGACUUAUUUGUAUUUUUUUACAUGCCUCCGAGUCCUCAAACAUACAGUUGCAUGUUGCCAUGGUAAUUUCACUGCCUGAUUAUUUUGUGAGGCUUAAAUUGAAUAAAUAAAUCCAAUUAAUCCGGUGCCAAAUG